AUGGUUGAAGCCUCGGUGUGCUAUUUCUUUAUUUUUUUAGUCAAUUUACAAACGAUUCGAUCGAUCAACAACAUCAACUUUUCAAGGGAUGUGAAAGGCGAUCCGCGUUUAAAUACUACGUCAGGACUGUUUCAAGGUAAACAAGUCAUCGUUCGUAAUGUUCCAGUUUAUCAAUUCUUCGGUAUUCCAUAUGGUGAAAAGCCAGCGCGGUUUGAACGAUCGACUCUGCGACGAUACAAUGCACAAUCGAUUAUCUAUGCAAUAAAUCCGCCACCGGCGUGUCUACAAAUGUCGUCUGAUGAUUCUUCAUACGGUCCAUUUCGAUCCGCUGAUCAUUUUGAUGAAGACUGUUUGACAUUAAAUAUCUUCGUGCCAAAAUCGACUUCGUCAGUACCAAAAGCAAUCAUGGUCUUCUCAUAUGGAAUGCUGAACCAAAUUGGUUCAGUAUCUUCGAUUGAUGGAAGUGCAUUUGCUGCUCUCGGUGAUGUUAUUGUGAUUAUGAUCAAUUAUCGUUUGAGUAUCUUCGGUUUUCUCUCAACGACGAUGUCAGGAAAUUAUGGAUUAUACGAUCAAUUACUGGCGUUAGAAUGGAUAUCGCUAAAUGCGAAGCAAUUCAAUGGAGAUUUCAAACGGAUAACAUAUGUCGGACAUUCGAGUGGUGCUGUCAAUGCUCUUCUACUUGCGAUGUCGAACCAUUCUGAUGGAUUGUUGACUCGAGUUAUCGCGCAAAGUGGUUGUCCAAUGAAUCAAUGGGCAGUGGAUCGACAUGCGAAAAUUCGUUUUGAUAAUGUCAUAAAAGAAAAUAAUAUGAAUACGAGAAGAAAGUUCAUUCAAACCAAUAUGGAUCGAUUAAAAACUAUGCCAGUUGAACAAAUUCGUUACAGAUAUCGUGAUGAACUCGAAGAACUACCUGCCUUUCCAUUUCCAGUUGUUGAUGACGAUAUAAUACCUUUCGAUCUGGAACAUAUGAUUCGUACUGGGCAUUUGAAGAACAUUGAUGUUCUAAUUGGUGUAACAGCUGAUGAGUCGUUAUCCAUAGCUGAAGAACAUAUUUUUUCGCCUUAUUUGUCGACAACUUCGCUGCGACGAACUUUAACUGAACAAGAACAAGUGCACAGUCUCAUUCAUUUUCGAAAGCACGAAUACAUAAAAAAGUUUUUACAAGUAAACCACCCUGAAUAUCUCUGUUUCUAUGAUGAAAUUCGCGCACGCUAUACUCCAAUGAAAAAAGAUCAACAUAAUGUCGUCGAAACUACUCAUCUCUAUACCGAUCUGAUCAGUGAUUUGAUGAUUUACUAUGAUUUAAUUCGUUUUCUUCACGAACGUCUACGUUCCGAAUCCGUUGCAUCGACGUAUGUGUAUUAUUAUACAAAUCCGCCCAGUUACAAAUCACAGCGUAAUUCAAAUAUGGUUGGACACUUUGCUGAAUUAGAUCUUCUUUUGGGUCUUCCAUUCCUUCCUCAAUCAGAUGUACAACGAAUGACGACGAGGAAUUUGUCUUAUACAUCCGAUGAAAUCGCACUCAGCCUGCAGAUGAUUCGAUAUUGGACAAAUUUCGCUAAAACAGGAAAUCCCAAUUCACCGAAUAAUGUUUCACUUUAUUGGCCCUCGUAUGAAACUACAAACAAGUCUUACAUUAACUUCCAUGUCAAAGAAACCCGAAUUGAAAAUCAAUAUCUCGAAGAACGCUUUCGAUAUUGGGACAUGAUAUCACAUCGUCAAGUGUGUUUACCAUUUCACUGGUAUCAUACAUUUCUGCUCGUCAGCAUACUGAUACUCACUAUUCUUCUAAUUAUAAUUUAUAUAUUUUAUAAUACGAAACGAUCACGACGAAAUAUUAAGCCGACAGAAUUGACUACGAGAAAUGUGAUCACUACCUAUGAUUUUUUACCAAGUGUUGUCACCUAG